UCUGCAGACUCGUUGCUUCAAGAGAAACCGUUGGAGAAACCAGAAGACUCUGAACCAGAACCGUCUGCUGGUCCGGAUCCUUCUGCAGUCCCUGAGGUUCCUCAGAUGUCUGAAGACCUGCAGCCUGACAAAGAUCCAGAACCUGCUGAUCCACCGUCUUCUACCACAUUUGAUUCCGACUCCAAGACCCUGAGCAGCGCCGAGUCUUCAGACGAGGACGAGAGGGAGGCGGCGGAUGGCGAGUCCAGUUCUCCCAGUAUUCUGCCGUCCUCGGUGCUGGACAAGGCCAGCGCCAUCGCUCAGCACUUCACCAGCAUCAAGAGAGGCAGCCUGGCCCAGGACGACGCCCGGUCCCUGGGCUGUCCGUCCCCUCGUUUACCCAGCAGGACCGGCAGCAUGCUCAGCCUGCGGUCCGAGUCGGCCGACCGCCCGCUGCGCCUCAACAGCAACUCCUCCGACCCGCCCGAGGCGUUCGGCGGAGCGGACCUCAGUCUGCUGUCCCCCAGGGACGACAGCCUCUUCGAGCCGGACCGCAGCGUUCGGCGCAGGCGGGACUCCACCCUGUCCAAGCAGGACCAGCUGCUCAUCGGGAAAAUCAAGAGCUACUACGAGAACGCCGAGAACCAGGACGCCUCGUUCGGCCUGCGGCGCCGGGAGAGCCUGACCUACAUCCCUUCAGGCCUGGUCCGGAGCUCCGUCAGCCGCUUCAACAGCAUCCCCAGAGUAGAGACGGCCCAGUCCAAUCCUCCGGCUUCAGCCCAGGAUCUGGAUCCUCUCUCCACUCAACCGGCUGAGACUAAGGACCUCUUGGUCUCCAGUCAGUCUUUGGACUCGAUGAAGUCCGAUCUGUUGAGCAGCGACUGCGAAGAACCGCACAGGUUCCGGCCGACACACGAAGAUCUGUCAGAGGAAGAGUUCAGAUCGUCAUCGGAGAUGAUUAAGAUCUGGCAGGCGAUGGAGCGACAGAUCUCCAGAUCCCAAAGUGAAGACAGGGAAUCCAGUCGAUCCAGAGAGACUGUGAAGCCCUCCAUCUCCGCCGGCGUCAGCAGCUUAACCCGGACCAAGAGCUGCGACCCCGACCUGGGAAACUCCGACCUCAGCGCCGUCACAGAGGACUCCUUCAGUCCCUCACUGCCAAAGACCAGAACCGCGCUCAGCCGGGCCGGAAGUCAGACCAGCACCUCCAGAAGCUUCAGGGAAGAGACGGCGACACUGCGAGCCCCGGUGCCCCGCGUGGCGCAGCUGAGGGCCGAGGCCGGCGGCGACAAACCCGCGGAGGAGACGGAGCAAACGGACGAGGUGGACAGAGCCGAGAGCAAAGUUCUUCUUCUGGCUCGUCGCUACAGCCAGCGGAUCAGAUCCUCCAGUCCGGUGGUCCGACAGCGGAGUCCGGCCGGCCCGUUCAACAGGAAGACUCUGGCUUGUGUGGUGGAGGAGAAGGAAGGCUCAGGGAAGCCCAGCCUGACUCUGCCUCUGGGUCCUAAGGUCCAGUCCAAGUCUCUGCCGCUGAGCCCGGUGGACCCGGUCCAGAACCCGGGCGGCGGCGCUCCAGGCCACGCCCCUCUCAGCCCGCCGCCCCCCACCGAGGGUUUCAACUGGCCCGACGUGCGGGAACUCCGCUCCAGAUACUCCAGCGGCGGCGGCCGGAACCAGAACCGGCCUAUGAGCCGCAGCAGCACCAUCCCGGACCGCAUGUUGGACGUCGGCCUCAGGAGGCACUCCAGCGGAUCGCCCGGCCAUCUCCAUGACGACGGCGCGUCGUCAGGCCGACCCCGCGGCGGGCGGGCCGCGGCGCGGGACGAGCGAUCCAAACGGCUGCACAGGGCCAACUCUCUGGACCCGCGGCUCAGCCUGCAGCAGCUGGGCGACCUGCAGCGGAUCCGGCAGGCCGCCGGCCCCGCCGACCCCGGUUACUACAUCGCCGCCGAGGCGCCGCUCACAGACGACCCCGAACACAAGAUCAUCAUCAUGGAGAAGCUUCCAGAACCCGGGAACGGGGAGCCGGCAGAGGACGACGGAUACGUCCAGAUCCGCUCGCCGACCAGCCGGGAGAAGAUCUCCAUCAUGGCCGUCAUCGACCGCUGCCGCGCCUACCAGGACUCCGACGACUACAGGCUGAGGGACGCCGCCAAGACGGCGCCGCCUUCAGAGCAGGACGAGUCGCAGAAAACCCGACCCGACUCCGGGCAGAGCGGUCAGACGAGCAUCGUGAAAAACCUGAGGGAAAAGUUUCAGAACCAAACCUGAACCGAACCUUUCAGAUUCAGGACCAGAUCCAUCAUGAAUACCCAUCAUGCUCCACGUUGCUAUGGAAACGUCCUGAACCGGGUCGAUGGGUCAAACCAGCUUUUAUUCAUCCAGAGAAUUCAGGUCAAACGGAGAUUUAAUUUUUUUUUUAUUACGAGUCAUAAUGACCAGAGAAAAGUUUCAUGAAAAACAUUCGAUAAACAUCCAGACGUGAUUCUUUCCUCCAAAAACUCUUUUCAACGUUCAGCUGCUCUAAAUAACGACUUUAUUCUCAUUUUAACGUUUUUAAUAACUUUUUGUCGUACGACUUUUACUCCGACUUUUUUUCAAUCAAUCCAAUUUUAUAUGUAUUUAUAUAUAAACAUUUCAGCAGCGAGGCAUUUCAAACAUGACUAAAGUAAAAACAGCAGGUGACGGUGAAUAAACGGAGAAAGAGAUUCUGGAAAAAAUAAAGAUAAAAACAUUAAAACCCCUUUUAGAACUUCAGCUAAACGUCGUUUAUCUGGGCUUUACGUCAUUAAAACGUAAGCAGUGAGAAAUAAAAAGAAAUUAAUAAAUAGAUAACUGCUUUUAUCUUUACUUUUUAUCAUUUUAAGUAGUUUUUUUUUUUUCCUGAUGCUCCGUCGUACUUCGAGUUUCUUCGUCCUCCUCCUCAUCCUCACUCUGUCCAGCCAGUUCAACUUUAUUCUGGUUCUGGAAUAAAAUUAUUUUCUUAUGUCAAUAAAAUUAUCGCUUGAGGCUCUGAAACAUGAAACCAAAUAUUAUACAGGGUGUAUGUAUAUUUAUGAGCCUUAGACAUGAAUUGUAUGUUGAAAUGAAUAAUUCCUGAUGCUGAUGAUGAUCAGGCGUUUUAACUCUGGGCUGCAUGCAGUAGAUGAUUUAACUAGGACAAUAAAGAAUAAACUGAAUAUUUUAAGAGUAAAAAUAUGUAAAUUUAUAAUAUAAUUAAAAUAAAUGAUUUAUUUUGCUGCUUC